GUCUUCACCCGUGUUGGUGGUCACAUAUAAACCACAAACUGCAUCAUUAUUGUUCUUAAUUUUCUUCACUGCUAUUUGCUUGUGCUUCUUUCUCUCGAUCUCAAUGGCGAAAAUUUCAGUGGCAACCGGUUUGAAAACUCUCUUCACUGUUGUGGGACUUCUCAUGGUUGCUACCCUUAUUUACACUCUCUUCAUCGAUGGUCUUCCGUUUCGUAAAGAGCUUCUCACACCGUGGAUGGCAGCAACUUUGAUUGAUUUCUAUAUCAAUGUUGUAGUUUUGGCUAUCUGGGUUGCUUACAAGGAAUCAAACUUGGUUAGCUCAAUUCUGUGGAUUAUUUUGCUUGUUUGCCUUGGAAGCAUCACUACAUCUGCCUAUAUUGUCGUGCAAUUUUUGAAGCUUUCAUCUCAAGAAUCUUCACAGGAUCCUAUGUAUUAUGUUCUGUUGCGGCAUCCGAACAAGAAUGACAUUGCACCACAAAGAAAGCAUUCUUCGGUCAUGACCCUAAGAAUACUUUUCAGCAUUUUGGGGCUUGUCAUGCUUGGAACUUUGGUGUACACUGCUGUCACUGCUGGUUCUCCUUUCCGAUUGGAGCUUUUAAAUCCGUGGUCGGCAGCAACACUAGUUGACUUCUACAUCAAUGUUGUGGCUCUAGCAGUCUGGGUUGCCUACAAAGAAUCUAGUUGGAUUUCUGCAGUCUUCUGGAUAAUUCUAUUAAUAUGUCUUGGCAGCAUUGCUACUUCAUUCUACAUCGUAUUGCAGCUGUUUCAGAUAUCUGCUCAAGAUCCUGCUUACCUUGUUUUAGUGCAACAUGGGGACAGGUCAGAAAACAAAUAUAAGGGGAUUUCUGGUCAGGCAACAUAGCAAUGGUGUUCAUGAACCAAAGGCAUGUAAGAGGCUCAUAUGGAAAUUAAAAAGGGUAUGGGAUAAUCCCUGAACAGAUAUGGUAACACCAGAAGACAAAAUUAAAUUAAUAUACUAGUGCAAUAAAUGUAGUUUGGAGAUCAUUACUUCUGUCAACACUACUGUCGGGUGGACGAUGUCGUUCUUCUAGCAGUAACUGUAGACUUGUGUACUUUCUUGUCUCAUAAAUGUGUAAUUUUUUCCUCUAUAUAACACUGUAGCUGUAACUAAUUGUAAACUUUAAAUUCUAUGGCACUCAUGUGUUAUGUAUGAAAAUAUCUUUGUCCAGGUGUC